AUGUCCUCCGACCUCAAGGACCAGCUCCGCACCCACCUCCACAACGCCCGGCACGAGCUCGCUGCUCUUCCCUGGUGGACGCCGCUCGCGGCGGUCGCGACCAUUGUCGCGAUCUACUACCUCAAGCCGUUCUUUGUCGACUAUGGCGCCCUGCGCGACAUUCCUGGCCCAUUCCCCGCACAGUUUACCGACCUGUGGCUCUUCCGCGUCGUGCGCCGCGGCGACCGCUACAUCACGGUCGACAAGCUGCACAAGGAGCUCGGCACACUCGUGCGCAUCCAGCCCAACCAUGUGUCGGUGGCCUCGGACGACGCGAUCAAGAAGAUUUACGGACACGGCAACGGUUUCCUCAAGUCCGACUUUUACGAUGCGUUUGUUUCUAUCCGCCGCGGCCUGUUCAACACGCGCGACCGCGCCGAGCACACGCGCAAGCGCAAGGUCGUGUCGCACACCUUCAGUGUCAAGAGCGUCCGCGAGUUUGAGCCCUACAUGCACCACAACCUCGAGCUCUUCGUCAAGCAGUGGGACAACCUCAUCGAGAGCGGCAAGCCCAAGAUGGACUGCCUCGACUGGUUCAACUACCUCGCCUUUGACAUGAUCGGCGACCUUGCGUUCGGUGCGCCGUUCGGCAUGCUCCAGGCCGGCGCCGACGUCGCCGAGCUGCGUGCGACCCCCACCUCGAAGCCAGAGUACGCGCCCGCCAUUGAGAUCCUCAACCGCCGUGGCGAGAUCUCGGCCACGCUCGGUAUCAUGCCCUCGCUCAUCCCGUACGCCAAGUACCUCCCGGACCCGUUCUUCACCAAGGGUGUCGAGGCCGUUGCCAACCUCGCCAAGAUUGCCAUCGCGUCCGUUGACAAGCGCCUCAAGUACCCUCCCAAGGACGCGCGUGCCGAUCUCCUCACCCGUCUCCAGGAGGGCCGCGACGACAAGGGCCGCCCGAUUGUCCGCGAGGAGCUCACCGCCGAGGCCCUCACCCAGCUCAUUGCCGGCUCGGACACUACUUCCAACUCGUCGUGCGCUCUCCUCUUCUAUGCCGCCAAGACCCCCGGCGUCCUCGCCAAGCUGCAGCAGGAGCUCGACGAGGCCAUUCCCGACGGCACCGACGUGCCCACCUUCGACAUGAUCAAGGACCUGCCGUACCUCCAGAACGUGUUCAACGAGACGCUGCGGUACCACUCGACGUCGGGCAUUGGUCUCCCGCGCCAGGUUCCCCCCGAGUCGCCGGGCGUCACGAUCGAGGGCCACUACUUCCCCGCCGGCACUGUGCUGUCCGUGCCCACGUACACGAUCCACCACUCCAAGGAGAUCUGGGGUCCCGACGCCGACGACUUCAACCCCGACCGCUGGGACAACGCGACUGCUCGCCAGAAGGACGCGUUUAUUCCGUUCUCGCACGGCCCGCGCUCGUGUGUCGGCCGCAACGUUGCCGAGAUGGAGAUGAAGCUUAUCGCGGCGACGUGGGCGUACCGCUACCAGCCUACCCUGCUCCAGGACUACAUGGACACGAAGGAGGGCUUCCUGCGCAAGCCGCUCGCGCUCAACAUUAGCAUCAAGCGUCGGCAGCAUGGAGAGCGGGCCUAA